UGCGACUGGAAGUUAGGAGGUAGGGACAUUUCACGAAGAUGGCGGCGGCACUGUGCAGGGGGAUCUCUCGGCUGGCAGUACCCAGAUAUCAAGGUCACCCUGCGCUUUUCAGGGGGUAUAGCGCUGGGCCGUCAUAUCAGUACAUUCUGGUGGAGCACAGAGGGCAGAGUCAGAGUAUUGGCUUCAUACAACUAAACCGACCGAAAGCCCUGAAUGCCUUAUGUGACGGGCUGAUGACGGAGAUCCGCCAGGCGCUUGAUUCUUUUGAAGAGGAUCCUCAGAUUGGGGCAGUGGUCAUCACAGGCAGCGAGAAAGCCUUUGCUGCUGGCGCAGAUAUAAAAGAGAUGCAGAACCGGACCUUCCAGGAGUGCUACGGGGGCAGCUUCCUGUCCCAGUGGAACCGUGUCUCUACCAUGAAGAAGCCGGUCAUUGCCGCUGUUAAUGGCUAUGCCCUUGGCGGAGGAUGCGAGCUUGCUAUGAUGUGUGACAUUAUCUACGCGGGAGAGAAGGCGCAGUUUGGACAACCAGAGAUCCUGCUUGGAACCAUUCCGGGAGCCGGUGGUACCCAAAGACUCACAAGGGCUGUCGGGAAAUCCUUGGCCAUGGAAAUGAUCCUUACUGGUGACCGCAUCAACGCCCAAGAAGCCAAGGAAGCGGGGCUUGUCAGCAAAGUCUACCCAGUGGACAGAGUUGUGGAUGAAGCCAUCCUAUGUGGCGAGAAAAUAGCCCAAAACUCCAAGCUCAUUGUGUCUAUGGCAAAAGAAGCUGUAAAUGGAGCAUUUGAAUUAUCCUUGGCGGAGGGCAACAGACUUGAAAAGCGACUUUUCCACUCUACAUUUGCUACUGAUGACCGUAAAGAAGGAAUGGGCGCUUUUGUAGAAAAGAGGAAGGCAAACUUUAAAGACCAAUAGAAUCUGACCGCUGGACCGCGCGCAAAUGUAGUUAUUAUAAUCCUCUAGAUGCACGAAUGCUCCGUAGCGAUAAUCUGCAGUGUGAAGGUGCCGCUGAUUGCCCAAUGAAUGAGCAAAAUGCUUGUUCCCCGGGUAAUAGCCUGGUUCAUGUGGACACCUAAGCCAUUGUUUGCUGCAGCAGAUCGCGCUUUCUAAACGGCAAACCAUUAUUCUGUACAUGUGAAUGCACCUUAAAGCGGCUUUUAGACGGCCAUUGUAUUUCCUCAAAGCCAAAUCGAGCCGUCAUAAAUAAUAAAAGGUGUUUUCUUUAAUUUACCGUAAUUGUAUUAAUUCCUGAGAACCCCUUUUUAAUUCUUCCAGAAACGUGUUCCAGUGAAUCAACUAUUAAAAUUAUUUCUAGAUCAAAUUUAUUGACUGUCACAUGCCCUGAUGGUAAUUAAGUAGAAAUCUAGGUGACAAUAAAAUGGGAGUUGGGUAUGUUAUGGGUAAUUAUGUCAUUUUGAACAAGUAUAUUUUUUCUCAAAA